AUGGAGGUAGUUGAAUGCAGAUCAGUGAUCAGGUUUUUAUACCUGAAAGGUCGUACACCAAAAGAGACUGGCGAUAGGAUAAAAGAAGUUUAUGGUGAUGAUGCACUAUCAUCCGACGUAGUUAAGCACUGGUAUCACCAAUUCAGAUGUAGUUGGGCAUCGGUAGAAACUGCUUCUAUUCUUGGACAAUCACAUUCCGUCAUUGAUGGCGCCACUAUCCAUAAAGUGGAAGCCGCCAUUUUGGAGGACCACCGCAUAACUAUUCGGCAACUAGCCCAAGAAGUGAAGAUAAGUGUAGGGUCUGUGAAAAAAAUCAUUCAUGAUUUGCCGAUGCGGAAGUUGUCUGCACGGUGA